AGGGGACUCGCUGGGCGGCAUUCGAUUCCGGCAACCCAGGUCGACUCCCAUUCCGCGGCCUCGGAGUUGUUUUAUGGAAGACAAAAUCUGAACUAGCUAGUGGCGCACAAUAGAUACGCUAACUUUAAGGCUUUAGAGCUACGACACCGCAGCACCUCCGGCUCCGGAUCCACUCCACCUCUCCGGUUUCGGCUUCCAGAUUUUCCGGCGGGAUGGAGGCUGCCGGUUUCGUCUGCUGCAGUACGUCGUCGCGAGGCCGUUUCGAUGCCGCGUCUCGACACAGCAAACAUGCUCGCAGAUCUGCUGCCAAUGGCUCGCCGUUGGUUGUGGGUAGAUGAGUACCUCAGCACUGUCGCCAUAAUUGUAGAUCUCCCUGCACCCAAUGACGGCGAUGAACUUGAAAAGCCCAAACCACUAGUGCCUGUGUUGCUCGAUUCGUAGCAUGCUCCUCACGGUGGCAACAGGCAACAGGACGCACCUAGAACCAACAAAGAAAAAGCCCCUGUCCUGCUUGGGCAUAUUUGGGACCUAUGUCCCCGGACUGCAGGACAAGAUCUCUUGCGAGGCCCCCCCGGGUGCGCCACUCUGUGACCCAAAGAGUGGCCACUGAAUUUGUGUCGGUCUGACGGACCAGAACAGUUCCGAAUGGAAACACACUCUGGAGGUGACCGGAACCGCGCGGGCGUUUCCGCAGCUCGGGCGGAUGCACCGCAGCAACAACCACUGCAGCAAGAGCUCGAAAGUGUCGCGCUAUGCUUUGCAAAGAUGCUGCACAGGUAUAGGAACUGACUCCGCAUGGUGGGCCAGCCAUAGGAGAACGCACGCAGUGGCACAGAGCUGGCUCCUGAGCCGCAGAGCGUUAACCAGGCCACCUUACCUGCGCAGCACCUUUGCACAACAUACGACGCUACACGCCGCCGCGAGAAAAAUACGAAAAGGGCUUCAGCAAUGGGGUGACCUACCAAUACUGGAAAAACGCGCGCAAAAGAGUCGGAAAGCGACUCGAGACAAGGACGGCAACAGUGUCUGCUGCUAGAAAAUUGGCCACACCGGACGCCGAAUGACCCCACCCUCGAGGGCCCCCCGCCCGACGAGAAUCCCUUUGCCACCCCGGUAGCGCGCUACCGCCCCAGAUGGGCCGACUUUGUGCUCUCCGGGGGCUAUGCCUCUCCGAAAGACAUGCAUGGCAGAUUUUUCCGCAAUGCAGACUGUGCAUGACAUGCCUAGAAGGAGCUCCCCCGUGGCAGACACUUUUGCGCAGCAUAAAGGGUGGGAAUUCUCCCAAACAGGCGCCAGGACAUAACGCGGGAGGGAGGGUGGCAAGACUUAAAGGACGCACUCAAGACAGGCACGCGUCCCACUUUUCCAAAACUGCCACGCUGGACCUAGGCACCCUAGAGAACACAAAACCCCCAGGCAGCCCCGCGCCACCUGAUUUCGCCGGCCCACCACCCCGGGCGCCAUUUUUUGGGCGCCUUGCCCGAGACGCCAGUGGCCUUUGCCUGACCGCGUGGGCAUCAAAGUCGCGCGAAAGGCGCGCAGAAGGCGACUCGGUGGGGCCUCCAGUUCUUGGCAACGUUGGUUACCGGCGACCCCGGAGACCUCCCCUGGACACUCACGAGGAAAUUGGGCAAAUUCGACCCGGUUCGGGGCGCCCAAAAUGGCCACAAAAUCGACCGACUCAGGUCCUUAUUCAAAAACGUCCACAAGAAACGAAAAAAAUCGCGAGACCCCCGGGGGAGACUGGCGAGGCGGGGGCCCUUCGGCUCGUCUCGGUUUUUCGCUUUCGGCUCCUUCGGCGCCGGCCCCUCCGGCGCCGAAAUGCCGCGCGCCGGCUUCUGGCUACCCUGGCGCGGCAAAUUGUUGCGCCCCCCGCGCGGCCCGGGCCGGCCGGAGUCUGCGCCCCCUGCGCCCGUCGCCCUGUGGCAUUUUCGCGCCGCAGUCAUACUCCUCUUUAUUUUCAUGAGCCCGCACACAGCCGCCCCCAUCUUGUGCGGCGGCGCGGAGGCAGGGCGGUGGGGUGGCUGCCGCGCAAUAAGGUGGCAGAAAAAAAGCCGGGCGCUGUGUUUGGCAAUCAUAGCGAAGGCCAUUGUGGGUUCGGCCCGCAUCGGGGACGCAAUCGGCGUCGACGAGAACGACACGCAGCGGCAGCAGGCGGCGCAACCAGGAGGGCAGGCUGCGCAACAGGAUGCGGCCGGGCUUGCUCAGGAUGACGAUCCCGAUGGGCCGCUGAGCCCAAUUUCACCCCACCAGCCAGCUCCAGCACGAUCGGCGGUCUUCGGAAGGUCGUCGCCAACUCGAACGACGAGCCGGCCGGGGCAAAAGAGAAGGGGCUCCCGACCUGUUUCAGGGACGCCAGAACGCUGAUCCCCGGGCCCAGCAUGUGCAUGAACUGCUUCCGUUUCUCCGCCUCAAUUUGUCGCGGCCGCGCCCCCGUUUCAUAUGGCGCGCAAGAAGUUUCAUGCUGCUACGAACCUAGACAAGUGCAAAGCAGUGCUUUUUGGGUGACUAUCUUCUAGCAGGCCGGUGGCUUCUUUGGUGAUUCCAAGAGGGGCACUUGGCACGGCCUGAAGGUGCUUCUUGUAAAUGCGCAACAUUUGACGCCUCUGGCCUGUUGGUGUUGCGGCUCGUGCUGUGAUUGGUGUUGGGCCUUGUAUCGGCCCCGGCCAAAAGGGCCUCACUUUGGCGGACCGCGUUCCGGGUUUUUGUAGCUACUAGCGCCGGAGACCUUCCGCCCUGUGACUUCAAGCGCGGCGAUUCUAUUUCCUGAAGGCUGCGCGAUCGUGAUCGAUAUUGCAGGGCCCUGGUUUGCUAUCGUGCCCACUACGAUCUUCCUGCCGCUCCAUUCUGCUGAUUUUUGGGCUUUGGGGCGUAGGCAGCUGCUGCUGACAUGCAAUGAAGUGGCCGCGCAUUGGUCGGAGAAGGAAGGCCAUUGCGCCAGUCGUCGCUGUUUCUUCGUUUGUUCUUGCUCGCUAGCUGCCUCCCGACCGCCACCAGAUCCGGAUGCGGAGAUCUUGCCGCACAAGGUCCCACAGAGGCCCGUCCAGAUGAACCUCGGCGAACAAUAACUGCUGCGCUUCGGGACGAGGUAUCCGCACUACAACGUCUACACCGCUGGCCGCUGCUCGGAGCGUCCGCCUUGCUGACCUCCAUGACGGUUCAUCCUGCCGGGCUACAGAAAAUUGUCUUAGAAAAUAGGACAAAGCUACACGCAUCUUCAAAGUGUUAGUCUUAAUCUAGUUACUAUUGUGCGCCGCUAGCUAGUUCAGAUUUUGCAUUGCAUAUCAUUGAACCCGGAUGCGCGGCCACGAGGAACUUGGGAAAGUGGACCAAGGUGACGCACAACGUCAGCCACUACCGGAGGAGACGG